CGCCGUCAUCACUUCCCCCCUCCGCCGAAUCCAACAUCUCGCCUCGCCGCGGUCUCACUCCUUGCUCCCCAUUCCCCAAGACCCCACCCCUCCCGCAACCGUCACCAUGAGCCACGAUCACUUCCUCCGCCUUCUCGACCUCCACGCCGACGACGACCCCUUCUUCCCCUCAUUCCCCUUCCCCACCUCCUCCUGCCCAUUCUCCUCCUCCUCCUCGGCCGCCCACCACCGCUUCCUCCUCGACGACAACACCUCCUGCCCGCUCGGCUUCACCUCCCCCUCCCCGAUCGACACCUUCCACCUCGACCUCGACCUCCUCCUCCCUCCCUCCGCCGCCGCCGCGCCCCCGUGCCCCGCCUUCGACCCCUUCCUCCUCGACGCGCUCGGCCACCGCGUCUCCGCGCUCGAGCGCGCGCUCGCGCCGCCGCAGCCCCGCCGCAAGUACACCUACGCCGCCGAGGCCGGCGGCAGGAAGCUCAAGUGGGUCGCCGAGGACAAGCCCGCCGGCGGGAGGGCCUACAAGUGGGAGGCCGAGCUCAAGACCCCCAACGACGACGGCUUCGACCGCAAGUGGAAGUGGGAGUCCAAGGCAUCGGCUGCCGGCACCACCAAGGUCAAGUGGGCCAAGGAGAUCAAGGGCAAGGGGUGGCUCGAGCCAUGGUCCAACUCCUACUCUGUCGAGGAGACCUACGGCGACGACGAACACGACGACCAAGACAAGGACAAGAAGGCCACACCCGCCGUCAGCAAAGUCAAAGAGGAGAAGAAGGACAAGGAUAAGAAGAAGAAGAAGGGCAACGUCGAGAUCGUCGAGAUCGAGGACAACACCGCGGGAUGCGUCGCCAUCAGGAAGGCUUUUGAAAAGAGCCACGCCAAGGGAAAGAAGAAGGAAUUAUCCCCACGAGAUGCUGCAUUGUUGAUACAGAUGAGCUACAGGGCCCACCUGGCCCAUCGCUCCCAGGUGCUCCGAUGCCUUCGCGACCUUGCUGUGGCCAAAGCCAAGCUCAAGGAGAUCAGGUCCUUCUUCUACAACAUCUCGUACCGCCGCCGCAUCGCACAUGACUCUGAAGAACGCCAGAGGUUUGCUGAGAAAAUCAUUGUGCUGCUCUUGAACGUUGAUGCCCUUGAGGGGCCGGACUACAUGGUCCGCAAUGCCAAGAGAUCCAUGCUUGAGGAACUUGAGGGGAUGCUGGAGAUUAUGGACCCGCAGCCACCAGGGAAGCCAAGGACACUUAGCCGCAGGAAGUUUGAUCUCCCAGAAGGUGGAUCCAUCCCUAAGGAGAUGAGGGAUGGUGUCAAAAAUGUUGUCAGAAUUGUCGAGGAGGGCAAGUAAAAUGCAUCAGUGGUGGCAUUGCUGAGGACACCCCUGAUCAGAUGUUUGCUAGAACCUUAUGUUGUUGUAUUUACUGCUAGAAUGUUGUUUCUUGUAAUGCUGUGAUAGCAGUCUGAUCCGUGUUAUGUUUGGACCUGUUCCUAGGUAUUUCCUUAUUCCCAGAUGUCGGAGAUGUGUGUAAACUAAUUCAUCAUCCAUCAUGGGGUGGUGAAACUCUAAUAAAUUUGGCAUCAAUUCAUCACCGUGGUGUGUUGCCUUUCA